GAAAGGAUUACAAAUUCUUUUGUUUUCAUCGAGGGCUCACCAAAAACUGAUCGCACCGUACCGCGGCGUAAUUAUUCGUUUUAUUUUGGUUUCCCCCCGUUUCGAGCGUACAACGCGUCGACGUUCGUCGUUCCCUGUUCGUCGCUAGAUUGUUGUUUGCCUUUCCUUUGCUUAUCAGUUGGGUUAGGUUGCGAAAGACACCCAGCGGAUUGUUGUAUUUUGGUGUGCUUCGUAUAGUGUGCGGUUGUUUUUUUUUCUCUUCUCCCUCGUCCCAACACUUAUUACUCACGACCCACUGCCAUCGGGCGUUCCGGGUGUUCUAACGUGAUUAGGAACAGCGAUUCUUUUUUGCUUUCCAAGCUUCGAAAUCUUCCUCUCCGUAUGAGAAGUAUGCGAGUGUGCGUCUAAUCACUGGCAGCAGGAGCAGCAGCAGCAGCGCGUCGGUUUGGCAUCGGUUCCGUAGGAGUAGUAUGGUCAGUCUGUUACGGAACUUUACAUCAAACUCGGGUGGACGUUUCUUUGAUGAAUCAUCGAGAAUGGACGACAGCAGAACGAUGCUCGAUCCCAUCCUAGCGACGGAGGAUGACGACAGCUUUCGACCGCUCCGCACGGUUCCAGCAUUCAGCAUUCAUCUGCUGAUAUCGAGCUGUAUUUCCUUGACCGGAAUCAUUCUAGCGGCUACAUGGGAGGAUAGCCGACGAUGUGAGGCUUACUUUAUAAUGCUUUAUUUACGAGCAGCGUUUUGGAUUGUUACCUACCUGUUCGAUCACAUCGUGCGGGCUCAUCACGAAAAGUUAAGGCUGAACGGCUAUCACGAUUUCCACCGUGCGACCGACCAGCACAAAGCCGUACCGCUACAGAUAGUGUCGCUGUGGAACACGUUCCUGCUUGCGAUUCAAACGUUGAUUCAGCACUACUACGGUGACGCAUUCGGCGAAAAGUGCAUCGCGAUCGGUUUGCUGUCCCCGAUUAUUUACAUCACCGCCUUUUCCGGACUGGAAACGGUUGUGCUGUGCAUCGUCAAUGGAAGCUACAUUGCUGCUGUACGGCGAUUUAAUCGUACCGCUUCACCGCCGGACGCUUUGCAGGACAACCGUGGCUUCAGUGGUGGCUCGUUGGGACUUACCCAGCGUGGCCUGAGCACGGCCGAGCUGCUGGAGAAGCAGGCGGAUCUGAUCAAGUACUUGAAGGAUCACAACUUGAAGCUGAAUCAAAAGAUAAUGCAAAUGAACGCCCAGGUGCGAACGGUCACGUAUCCUGGAUGAGGUGGAUGGGGAGCGUGUUUUUUUUCGUAUGGUAGCGGAUUAAGAACAGGGUAAUAGAAAAAAAGUUUUCGUUUUCUACAUCACCAACCUUGGAGUUGGUGGGUUGUGAAAUGCACAUUGGACUGAAGCACUUUACGCAACUAUCCCUACUUUUCUCCUAUGAAAAGGUUCUCCAUCGAUUAGUAUCGGAUCAUAGGAAGUAUAUUGUAGUUUCUUAUUUCCAAAGUAUGUUUGUCUUACGUUCUCCAAAGCAUGUUUUGUGUGUCAGGUCAGUUUAGUAGUGCCCACUAUUAGUUCUAUGUAAUUCAUAUGUUCCAAAAUUGGUAUUUAAGAAAGAAUUCCUCUUGGAAUCUGAGUGAUAAAAAGAAACAGUCGUUAAAUAAAUACUUACGAACUAUUGCGAAUGGAA